ACACAGACUGAAACACUGAGAGUGAACACGAUCCUGAUGAGAGAGAAGGAGAAGGUUUUCAAGCUGGUUGAUCAAUACGUUGAGCUCACGGUCAUUUCUACUGUUCGAGAUCGGACACUGGUGGAACAUGAGCUGCUGGCAAGAGGCAAAGACCACGAGGAGUGGAGACAGAAACGUCUCCGCAGAGAGCUGGACAAAAUCCGGACUGAUCAACUGUUUCAGAAUACUAUCUCAUAUAGUCAUUGGGACAAAAUGAAAAGAUUCUUCACACCAUCAACUUCGGGAUGUUCAGCAGCCGUGGCCGGAGUCCCGGGGAUCGGGAAAACAAUAAUGGUACAAAAGAUUGUUUAUGACUGGGCCACGGGGAAAAUAUACCAACAGUUCCAGUUUGUCUUCAGUUUCAAAUUCCGGGAUUUAAACACCAUUAACUGUAGAAUAACCCUGAGGGAACUGAUUCUGGAUCAAUGUCCUUACUUUGGGAAUAUCCUGAGAGAGGUCUGGAAGAACCCAGAGGGAUUGCUGUUUAUAUUCGAUGGUUUGGAUGAAUUCAAACACAAAAUCGAUUUUGCUGACAGUCGGAGAGAUACAGAACCCAAACACCAGUGCCCAGAUCCUGAGUGGUGGUGUGAAGUGUCUGACAUUGUGUACAGUUUAAUCCAGGGCAAGCUGCUCCCAGGGUGUUCAGUGCUGGUGACCACCCGUCCCACUGCGUUACAUUUAUUGGAAAAGGCGGAUAUCAGAGUCUGGGCUGAAAUCCUGGGAUUUGUUGGUGAGGAACGGAAGGAAUAUUUCAACAGAUAUUUUGAAGAUCAGACGGUGGCAGCAGCAGUUUUCAAACACCUGGAAGAGAACGAGAUCCUGUACACCAUGAGCUACAACCCGUCUUACUGCAGGAUCCUCACUCUGGCACUGGGCCCCUUCUUCACACAAAGUGUCAGGGACCCACAGCGAAUUCCCAAGACCAUCACCCAACUAUAUUCCUACUAUAUUUACAACAUCCUGAAAAACCACGGCCGUGAGAUUGAGAAUCCCCGUGAUGUGUUACUCAGGGUUGGUCAGAUGGCCUUCAGAGGAGUGUUCGAGAGGAAGAUUGUGUUUACAGAUGGAGAUUUGAUCAAGUACAAUCUGCAGCCUUCCCAGUUCCUGUCCGGAUUCCUGAUGGAGCUUUUGGAGAGAGAUGAUUCUGCCCGGAUCGUGGUGUACACAUUCCCACACCUCACCAUCCAAGAGUUUGUAGCUGCAGUCGCACAAUUCCUGAAUCCACAUCCCGGGGAUAACCUGAAAUUCCUCACUGAAACCCAAAACAUGACCGAUGGGCGAUUUGAUGUAUUUCUCCGUUUUGUUGCUGGUCUCUCCUCCCCAAUGACAGCUCGGUGCCUGGAGGAGUUUCUGGGUCCAUUUCCUAAUGAAACAACCUGCCGGGUGAUUGACUGGGUGAAGGUCGAGGUUAAAUACCAGAGUGGAAACACGGUGAGUGAAGCUGGUAAAAGGAGCCUCCUGAACACAUUGCACUACCUGUUUGAGUCUCAGAAUCGUGGACUGGCUCAGGCCACACUGGGAUCUGUGGAAACACUUUCAUUCCGUAGAAUGACACUGACCCCAUUUGACUGUGCAGUCCUGUCUCAUGGCAUCGGACUCUGUGAUACGAUAAAACGCCUCGACCUUUUCGAAUGCCACAUUCAGUGUGAAGGAAUCCAGCGGCUGGGACCCGGGCUGCACAAAUGCCAGGAGCUGGGACUUGGGCGCAAUAAACUGGGAGAUUCAGGAGUGAAACUGGUGUCUGCGGCUCUGAGGAACCUGGAGUGUAAAAUACAGACACUGGAGCUGAUCCGUGUCGGUCUCACAGAUUCUGGUGCCGAGGAUCUCGUCUCGGCUCUCAGUACAAACCCAUCACUGACGGAGCUGAACCUGAGUGAGAAUAAACUUGGAGAUUCAGGAGAGAAACUGGUGUCUGCGGCUCUGAGGAACCCGGAGUGUAAAAUACAGAAACUGCAGCUGAGGGAUGUCGGUCUCACAGAUUCUGGUGCCAAGGAUCUCGUCUCCGCUCUCAGUACAAACCAAUCACUGUUUGAGCUGGGCCUGAGUGAUAAUGAACUGGGAAAUUCAGGAGUGAAACUGGUGUCUGCGUCUCUGAGGAACCCGGAGUGUAAAAUACAGAAACUGGAGCUGGAGAAGGUCGGUCUCACAGAUUCUGGUGCCGAGGAUCUUGUCGCCGCUCUCAGUACAAAACUAUCACUGACGGAGCUGGACCUGGGAUCAAACUCGUUCACACACCGAUCUGUCCCCGCUCUCCGCCGUCUCAUACUGACGCUCCCAAGUCUGGAGCGGAUCAAGCUGGACGAGAAUCAAAUCAGUUGGACUGCACAGAAAGAGCUGAGGUCUUUGCAGGAGCCCAGACCUGGACUGAGAGUGAUCCUGUGAACAUGUGAAUGUGUAUCUUUCCGCGAGAUGGAGACAGGGCGGCCAAUUUCCUGCCCACACUUAAACAAUAGUCCUUCCGUUUAAUAGCCACGCGCCAGGUUUACGUCCCAACGGUUCAAACGGACCCCAUCUCCAGCCUCUUGCUCUCUAACGUCAGAGAUGGUCUUUGAGACGUGUAAUUCCACCUCAGGUUCAGCGGCGUUGGUUUCGCCGGCUGUCCGGUCUGAGCGCUCCCCCAAGUGAGGUCCUGGAGAAAUACAGACACAAGAAAAGCAAGAGGUGGGUCUCAGAUUGGGAACCAGUGUACUGGGAUUGUUUGUCGGGGCAGAGAAUACUUUUGCUCACUCUGUUGAGGACAGUGCAUUCCGACAUCUGCCCGAUACAAUGACCACACCCGACUAGCCCUCGCCACAUCCCUACAAUCCAGCUCACUUGUGUAAGAAGGAAGAAGAUCCCAAUAAAGACAAAUGUAGGACCUGUUUAAUGAAAUCAUUGAAACAUAGAAAACCUGCAGCAUUAUACAGGCCACUCGCCCUCAAAGCUGUGCCGAACAGUUCACUAUCUUAGAACAACCUAGGCCUACCCAUAGACCUCUAUUUUUCUAAGCUCCGUGUAGCCGUUCAGAAGUUUCGUAAAAGACCCUAUCGUUUCCACCUCCACCACCGUCGACGGCAGGCCAUUCCAUGCACUCGCCACUCUCUGCAUUAAAAAAAAACUCACCUGACUUCUCCAUCAGGGGUACGUUGUGGGCCAGGUCAAAGUGGGAGGAUUGUGUGACACUGAUUUGAAGAAGCACAAGAGAGAUGAUUUCCCACUGUUCAAACCCGAACACAGGUGCCAAGAUAGGCAAGUGUUGCGCCUCGUUAAUGAAGGCGUGGGCCAUCUCCAAGUGGCAGGAUUGCGUGACACUGGAUCUUGAUGAUGAAAGGAAGAAACGCAGGGAGGAUACAGAGUUACGCUGAGAAAUGGGACUGUCACUCAUUCAACCUGUCACUUAUUGUCGCCGGUCAGUUAAUUGUUUGUGACUGUGAGUGAGUUGGGAGCUGCUUAUUUAUUCCCGCACUUUAACAGGUCAAACAUUGUUGAAUUUACAUUUGUCAU